ACAGCCCCACCCCGCCCUAGCUGUAGCUCCGCCCCAGCAGCGGCGCCGGGUUCUAUAGCGGCGCAGUGACAAGCCGCCCGGCCGGUCUAUGGCUGUGGCGCAUGCGCAGAGGGAGCAUUCCCCCUCCUCUGUCACCUCACAGUUGGUGCCGCCGCCGCCGCUGCUGUGGACCCAGAAGUAGCGGGGCCGGGCCGGGCUCUCCCUUCCCCCCUCCCUCCGCUCGGCCGGCACCCGCCCGCCGUCCCCCGGGCAAGGAGCCUCCUAGUCCCUCUCAGGGCCCCUAUCCCCCCAGGGACCCCAUCCCCCCAUGGAGCCGCCGCCCACCCUGCACCUGGUGAAGCUCUAUGUCUACGACCUGUCCAAGGGCAUGGCCCGGCGCCUCAGCCCCCUCAUGCUGGGGAAACAGCUGGAUGGGAUCUGGCACACCUCCAUAAUUGUCCAUAAGGAUGAGUUCUUCUAUGGCAGUGGUGGGAUUUCCAGCUGUGCACCUGGAGGGACGUUGCUCGGGCCCCCAGACUCAGUUGUAGACCUGGGGAGCACAGAAGUUACAGAAGAAAUUUUCCUGGAAUACUUGUCCUCGCUGGGAGAAUCCAUGUUCCGAGGAGAGUCUUAUAAUCUCUUUGAACAUAACUGCAACACCUUUAGUAACGAAGUGGCGCAGUUCCUGACAGGAAGAAAGAUCCCUUCCUACAUUACUGACCUUCCGUCCGAAGUCCUUUCCACACCCUUUGGACAAGCUUUGAGGCCUCUCCUGGACUCCAUCCAGAUCCAGCCACCUGGUGGGAAUACCUUCCGCAGACAUAAUGGACAGAGCUAACACAAAUGGAUGGAUGUGCCCAGCCAGGCUUUUCCUUUUUAAACACACAAAUCUACCAGAUUUCUAUUUUAUAAUUUCACAUCAGCAUUGUCUCCAAGGAAAUAACAAGAUGUUUUUUCAGAUUUCCCAGGGAGAUGACUUAUCGGGUUGCAUGUAGGACAAUGCUACCAAAAAGAUUGCCAUAAUUUCUAAUAGCAUUAUUCUAACUUGUUAAGGCUGUCUUGUCUGUGUACACUGACACUUUCUAAAUAGCCCUCUUGCUGGAGAUGUGGGAAUUCAUUCUAUGGAGACUGGAGAGCCCAUUACUCAAUUUGGGGUACCCAAGGGGAGGCACUGGGUUAAGAGUCCUAGCAAUCCCUUGCCAGACUUGCAUCUUUUUUCUUCUUCACUGCCCAUAUUAUGGGAUAUUUGCUGCAGUCUGUAACAGGAAAAUACAGUGAGCUUUGUAAUACUGCAGUGGGUCCCCAAUAUUAAAACGUUCUCACUAUUCCAUUAAUGUUGUAUUGUUUGCUCCAGUGGAGAAGUUAACCUAGCCUAAUCAGAACAUUCAGUGGGAUUGUUACAGGGGAAAGGUCUCCUAGCUGAAUAAAACCUGCUAGCCUCUCAGUGUUAAGGUCUUCAGUGACAUUAGGUAUGAGUUGGAUGGUGACUGCACCAGAGUGUCACCACCAGCCUCAUAAUGCUAGAUCCAAGAAUUAAGGGGUGGAGGACAGGACCUCUCCAAAAGAUCUCCCUUUCAGUCAGGGGAAAAUAAAGGUCAAGUAAAAGUAAAAUGAAGUGAAACUUUUCCUUCUCCCCAUAGCAAGCAAGCUCAUAGGCUCCUGUGCAAAAACCCCUUGAAACUGACUACCUUUGCAUGGGGCCUGUUCUUGCCCUGCUGAGUCAGUGUUGCAUGCACAGUGCGGAAAGAACAGCAUGGCAGCUGCACAUUAAUCUAAGGUUUGCAAACAGUCUGCAGCAUCUGUUUGCAGUCACAACAUAAGCACUAAGGUCCCAGCCUUCUGUGACACCAUAAUCCAGGGCAGUUGAGUGUGAUGUCACAGAUGAGUCUGAUUAAAUGUGUGAAGAAAACAGCGGGUCAGCAUUGCAGAAGCUGCUAUCUGGUUUCCACGUAAAUUUCCCCAAAUUAAAGAAAAAGAGGGAUGAGCAAGACAAAAGCAGAACAGUCUCUAAAUAGAAUUUCUACACUUUUCAUCGGGGCAUCAGGGACAUUUCAAGGGAUACACGUGCCUAUCAUUGGAAGUGGGUAAGGCUGAACAAUAGGCAAAGGAUUGGGUCAGAACAACAUCCUCCCCUGAUUGAAGAUUACUGCGGCCUCUCCAUUCAACUCUCUUGUGGGUAGGAGGUUAGGGAAAGGAAAGAAGGGGUACUUGGUGCUAUCUUUCCUUCAAGUAUAGCUAUCCUCCCCACAUUGAUUCUCCAGCAACUGUCUUUAGGAGAGACAAUGAAAGAAAGAUAGUCACGGGACAGUGGGAUCUUCCCCCUAUGGCCACUAGUGUUGCUGAUACUCUGUAAUGGGGAGUACUUGCCCCAGAUCCUGCCAACAGGAGGACCUUGCAUGUGCAGAACGCUUUGCCCAGUGUCUUGUUGUGCAAAGAACUGCUCCAAGCUUACUUUAGACCUGCCUCAACCUCUAAUCACACCAGUGCACAGGACACUUCCUAAGAUCCUAAAGCAGUUGUGACCUUGCUCUGUUAAGCUUCUACCCUUGUUAAUAGUUCCAAAAGGAUAUCCUUUGGAGAGCAAUUUCUGUUGUGCUUAUUCAGUAACAACUAAAAGUGGUGCACACUGUUUAGAAGGAAGAGGAUGAUUUUAGUUUCAGUUUGAUGUUGCCCUGCAUGUUGUGUAGUCCUUUACACAAAUACCUAGUGGGGGUAAAAUGUGUUAUCAAGUCAGACUGAUAAAGUGUAUAUAACUACACAAGGUGCAGUGCAAUGGUCAAUGCAAUCCAGAAUGUGUUCCAUUGUGUCAUCUUCUCCUUGUAACAUAACAGUCCUCUUCCUCAGCCCUUCAUUGUGAUGAAUCUGGACUCCAGGUGCGGUAGAACAUAAGCAGUGGGAGCAGAUGCCCUUUAGAAGCAGCUCCUGGUUUGCACAGACAUUCCCAGAACCCAGAAAAUGCAUAGUCUGCAGAAACUGUUCUAAAGUGAGUGGUUUUCAGAGCCCUUCUUUCCCUGUUCCCUCAGAAGUACCACCAAACAGGUCUUUGCAUUCCUCUGCUUUCCUAUACUCUGUAUGUCUUCCUGUCCUGUCCUUUCCCAUCUCCUGUUGUAUAAAUGGAGACCAGCAUACACCCUAGCAAUGUAUCCCACUAAUUAGUCUUGAGCCUGGAUCUUACUUGACUGUCCAGCAAACUUCAGGACCUUUUACAUCUUUUCUGGGAGAGAGGAAAGAAGGGGAACAGAUUCACCUCAUGUAUUUUGGAAUCUGCUGUCCCUCCACCCCAUUAAUCCCAGGACAGAUAGCGCUGCUACUUUAAAAAAAAAAAAAAGUUACUGGAUAAAAUUUUACUCAGCAGCAGCUUCUGUUUGCAGGCACCAUGGGACAGUCCCACUGUAGGGGGGGACCCAGAAAGGGGCCUGAGUUCAACACUAACGCUGGGCUCCUUGAUAAACGAAUUACAUGAAAGUGAGCCCCCUCUACCCCAACCAAUUAACAUGGUUGUGUAGUGAGCCCACCCGAUGCUCUGUAGGCUUAUUAGUAGCCCAGUUCCUCAGAUGGGCUAUGUAUAAAUUGCAGAUGCGUAUACCCAGCAUUCCACCCACCAACACUUAUUUAUAGGUAUAUAAGAUAGAAUGAGAAAUAAAUAUGUAAAUGUAUGUAAGUAAAGCUCUUCCAGUGAGUUGACUAACAAAGGGGCAGGGAAACUGAACCUUUUAUCUUGGAAGAGAGCAGAACCCCUUUGCCGCAACUCUUGUUUUCUGUCUUGUAUUUCUGGGGUUCCCCUCAGUGCUGCUGAACAAUGUCUGGACAGAGGGGAUGCAUUUUUACAUUACAAUAAUGAUGUCUCUAGGCAGAAAGUGGUGUUUGGUUUAUUCUGUUUUUUUCCCUAUUACAAUAAACGGAACUAUAGUAUGUU